AUGGUCUCCAAGACCGAUCGCGAGAUUCUUCGCGCGGACAUCCGCGCCCGCGGCGACAAGAGUCUCACUGCCGCCGAUCGCGAGAAUCUGCUCAAACCCUACCUGCCCGACCCGGCAGACCUCGAGCCAAGCUCGAAUUCGUCGGCUUCACAAUCCCGUACCGGAUCUGGCCCCUCGCAACGGCGCCAGCAGCGAGCUCGCAAGAAGCCGAUCCGCACAUUCCUCAAAUCGCAACUUUAUAAAUUCACUUAUGCCAUUACACAUAUCUUCUUUGGCAUUGUGGUCCGCUUACUGCAGGCGUACCACGCGGUGGUAGAUCGGGUCUUCGCUAUUGUUUACCACCACCAUCGGACGCCGGAGUUGAUUCGGAAGGAUGUCAGGGGUUUGAAGCGUUUGCCGGAACAUCUGAGUGUCAUUUUGACCCUUCAGAAGGAAGACGAUGCGCUGGCGGUAUUGAUGGACGAGGUCGCCGAGUUGGCUGCCUGGAGUGCGAGCGCAGGAAUUCCGCAGCUCAGCGUCUACGAGAAAUCAGGAAUCCUCAAAUCAUGUAUCCCUGCCCUGCACCGCAACAUUUCCACCAAACUCACCUCCUACUUCGGCACAUCCUCCCAACAGCCCUCUCUGCGACUCUUCGCCCCUCACCACCCCGUCUACGGCGGCGCACACACUACACAGCAAACCCCUCGAUCCGAAAGUACCAGCACCCCAUCCCAAUCCCUCACCAUCCUCCUCCUCUCCUCCACCGACGGCCGCGAAACCAUCGUCGAUCUGACCAAAACCCUCGCCGAGAUGUCUCAAAACGGCAAACUCUCCCCCGAGGACAUCACCCCCGAACUGGUCGACGCCGAGAUCAGUGAGAUCACCACGCAGCCUCUUCUGUCGCAAGCCGCACAGGAGAGUGCCGGUACACAGCCGAUCAUGAAGCCCGAGCCAGAUCUUCUUCUUGUGUUUGGGUCCUUUUUGAAAUUGGAUGGAUAUCCGCCGUGGCAGAUCCGGUUGACCGAGAUGUACUGUACGGGGGUGCAUCAUCGCGGCAUGACGGGGUAUGGAGAGGCGGUGGAAUAUCAGGGCUUUAUGAGGGGGUUGUGGCAUUAUGCUGGGGCGCAAAUGCGAUUUGGUCGGUGA